CUCUCUCUCUCUCUCUCUCUCUCUCUCUGAGAUCUCGACAAUGGCAACCACGGCUCUCUCCACACUCGCCUCCCGCUCUCCAUCCUCUUACUCACCGCCUCUCUCCUCCGCUCACCCCCUCAGAACCCAGCCCUCCGCCCUCCGAUUCCCCAUCCGGCCCUCGCCCGUCACCCACCUCACGCAACGCCCCGCCACCGCCGUCCGCCCUGUCGCCGCCGUCGAGGCCCCCGAGAAGAUCGGGAAGCUCGGCGACGAGAUCUCCAGCCUCACCCUCGCGGAGGCCCGCACCCUCGUGGACUACCUGCAGGACAAGCUGGGCGUGUCCGCGGCCGCGUUCGCCCCAGCAGCGGUGGCCGUGGCGCCGGGAGCUGACGGGGGAGCGGGAGGGGCGGCAGCGGCGGUGGAGGAGAAGACGGAGUUCGACGUGGUGAUAGAGGAGGUGCCGAGCUCCGUGAGGAUAGCGGUGAUCAAGGCGGUGAGGGCGCAGACGAGCCUGGCGCUGAAGGAGGCGAAGGAGCUGAUCGAGGGGCUGCCGAAGAAGUUCAAGGAGGGGGUGUCCAAGGACGAGGCGGAGGACGCGAAGAAGCAGCUCGAGGAGGCCGGAGCCAAGGUCGCCAUCGUUUAGCGACGGACGAUGGAGGUUCGAGCAUCCAAUUUGAGGCGAUUAACGAUAGGGAAAAGGAUGGUCUUUAGGGUUUAAAUCGGAGCAAAUGAUUGUUCGUGGGGGGCGAGAGUUGUAUUUGCAUUUGUAAUUCACUCGUGCAAAUCUCCAAAUUCUUGUUUUCUUUUUUGUUCUGUUUCUAUUGAUCUUCCUUGUCACUGGGGUU